CGCGCGGCGGCGGAGUGCGGGGCGCCGUCCCUCCUUACGUCACUCCGACACUCCGGCAGUACGCCGCGCGCCCUCGCAGCGAGACCACGCGCCGACUCUCCGCGGCGACACACGACGUGUACGACUCCGGUUCCGAUCGUGAUCAGUGGCCAGCUUCGAACGAGCUUAUUAGGCAAACAUAGCGGACGCAGUGCGUAGUGUGUGUGCGUGCAGUGCAGUGCAGUGGCGCAGCAUGAGUGCAGCGCGGUGACGCGGUGAGGGGAUGGCGCGCGCGCGGCUGCUGGCGUGCGCGGCGGCGGCGGCGCUGGUGUGGGUGGCGGGCGGCGCGUGCCCGGCGCGCGCGCCCGCGGGCUGCGCGUGCGGCGAGGGCGGCGCGCGCCUCGACUGCCGCUCCGCCGCGCUGCGCCGCCUGCCGCCGCUGCACGAGAACCUGCUCUCACUGGACGUGUCCAACAACAACAUCAGCACGCUGCCGCGCGACGCGCUGCAGCCGGCGGCGGGGCUGCGCGAGCUGAACCUGUCGUCCAACCGGCUGGAGUCGGUGUCGGCGGGCGCGCUGGGGGGCGCGGCGCUGGCGCGGCUGUGGCUGGACCGCUGCGCGCUGCGCCGCCUGCCCGCGCACGCGCUGCGCGACCUGCACCACCUGCACUUCCUGUCGGCGGAGGACAACUACAUCGCGGAGCUGGAGGCGGGCGCGCUGUGGGGCUGCAGUAAAAGUCUGACGCUCCCUGCCGUUCGCGCAACCUGCUGCGCGCGCUGCCCACGCACGCGUCAUGGCGCCGAUUUCGCCAUCCUGCAGAAAAAAGACUUUCUAGAUGAGGCCGGCAUUUCGCUGCGGCUGGCGCGCAACCUGCUGCGCGCGCUGCCCACGCACGCGCUGGCGCCGCUGCGCCACCUGCAGACGCUGAACCUGGCCGGCAACCUGAUCACCGAGCUGAGCGACACGGCGCUGUUCAGAUGGCAGCACGCAUGUUGCGACGAUCUGUUUGUGCGCAGGGUGCUGAAGCGGAACCGCAUCGCGUACAUCGAGGAGCACGCCUUCAGCAACACGCCGGCGCUGCGAGUGCUGCGGCUGGAGGAGAACUUGCUGUCGGAGGUGCCGGCGGCGCUGCGGCUGCUGCCGCUGCUGGAGGACCUGUCGCUGGCCAGCAACCGCGUGGAGGAGGUGGCGCCGGGCGUGCUGCAGGCGUGCCGGCGCCUGGCGCGGCUGGACCUGCGCGCCAACCCGCUGCCGCGCCUGCACGCGCGCGCGCUCGACCACCUGCCGCACCUCACCACGCUGGUGGUGUCGGAGGCGCGCGCGCUGCAGGCGCUGCCGGCGCUGAACGGGACGUCGCGCCUGCGCACGCUGCGCCUCGACCGCGCGCGCCUCACCGAGCUGCCCGCCGCGCUGUGCACGCAUGCGCCGCAGCUGCGCUCGCUGGACCUGAAGCUGAACAUGCUGCGGCGCGUGCCCGACCUACACGGCUGCGGCGAGCUGCGCGUGCUGGACCUGUCGGGCAACGAGAUCGCGGCGCUGGACGGCGGGUCGCUGCGCGGGCUGCGGCGCCUGCACGACCUGCUGCUGGCGCGCAACCGCCUGCGCCGCGUGCCCGCCGACGCCUUCACGCACACGCCCGACCUGCAAGUGCUCAACCUGGAGGACAACAUGAUCGAGCACAUCGACAUGGAGGCCUUCGUGCCCGUCUCCAAGCUCGAGGACCUGAAUGUGGGCAACAACCAGUUCGCGUGGCUGCCGGGCAGCGGCCUGCAGCGCCUGCUGCAUCUGAAGGCACACAACAACCCCAACCUGCGCCGCUUCCACCCGCCCGACGUACUGCCGCGGAUCCAGACGCUGGUGCUGUCGUACGCGUACCACUGCUGCGAGUUCAUGCCGCUGAUGGAGGAGGCGGAGUCCGAGCCGGCGGCGGAGUCCCCGUCCGACCUGGUCAUCCUGCCGCCGCAGCACAUCGACCCGGCGGCCUGGGCCAACGCCACCGACAUCUGGGCGCACUACCUGAACGUGUCGGAGCUGGGCGGCGCCGGGCUGCAGGCGGCGCUGGACGGCUGGGCGGGCGCCGGCGCCGUGGAGCUGGGCGAGCGCGAGCUGCCGCGCCGCGUGCACUGCCUGCCGCUGCCAGGUCCCUUCCUGCCGUGCGUGGACUUGUUCGACUGGUGGACGCUGCGUUGCGGCGUGUGGGCCGUGUUCCUGCUGGCCCUGCUCGGCAACGGCACCGUGGUGUUCGUCCUCGUCUGCAGCCGCAGUCGGAUCGACGUACCUCGGUUCCUGGUCACCAACCUCGCCGCCGCUGACUUCUUCAUGGGCAUCUACCUGGGGUUCCUGGCUGUGGUAGACGCGGGCACGCUGGGCGAGUUCCGCGCACACGCCAUCGCCUGGCAGAUGUCGGGCGGCUGCAAGCUGGCCGGCUUCCUGGGCGUGCUGUCGUCCGAGCUGUCGGUGUUCACGCUGGCCGUCAUCACGCUGGAGCGCAACUACGCCAUCACGCACGCCAUGCACCUCAACAAGCGCCUGUCCCUGCGCCACGCCGCGGUCGUCAUGGCGGCCGGCUGGGCCUUCUCGCUCACCGCCGCCACCCUGCCGCUGCUGGGCGUGUCCGACUACCGCAAGUUUGCGGUGUGCUUGCCUUUCGAGACGUCCACCCCCGUGGCACUAGGCUACGUGGUGACGCUGCUCGUGAUCAAUGGCGUGGCCUUCCUGGUGCUGCUGGGCUGCUAUCUCAAGAUGUACUGCGCCAUCCGCGGCUCUCAAGCCUGGAACUCCAACGACUCCAGAAUUGCCAAGCGCAUGGCGUUACUCGUCUUCACAGACUUCCUGUGCUGGUCGCCCAUUGCCUUCUUCGCGCUCACGGCAGCUUUCGGCGCGCAGCUCGUGUCUCUGGAGGAAGCCAAGGUGUUCACGGUGUUCGUGCUACCGCUCAACUCCUGCUGCAACCCAUUCUUGUACGCCAUACUCACCAAGCAGUUCAAGAAAGACUGCGCGCUCGUGUGCAAAGCCAUCGAGGAAUCUCGCGUGACGCGCGGCAUCGGGCGCUGCCGGCACUCGUCCAACUUCAGCAACCGCCAGACCCCGGCCAACACCAACAGCCUGGCCGAGCGCUCGUCGCGCGGCCAGCACGGCGCCACGUGCGCCUGCCGCCGGCUGCUGCCGGGCGCCGAGCGCGCGCGCCCCGCGGCCCGCCAGCGCCUGCUGGGCUGGCUGCGCGCCUGCGGCCGCCGCGCCGCGCCCGCGCCCGCCCCCGCGCCGCGCCCCGCCACCGCGCCCGCCCGCGCCGGCUCGGUGUCGUCGUCCGUGGAGUUCUCGUCGUCGCGCUCGGACUCGUGGCGCGCCUACGGCCGGCCGCCGCCGCCGCCGCGCCGCGCCGCGUCCUGGCUGGUGGCGCGCAAGACCUCGCAGGACUCCAACCUGUCGUCGUCGCGGAACGACUCGUCGGGCUCCAACGCGACGGCGUCCACGGGCACGUGGCGCACGUCCCGGUCGGGCGGCAGCGCGGCGGCCGGGCCGGCGGCGCCGCGGCCGCGCCUGACGCGCCAGCCCGCCGUGUCGGGCGACGAGCCGCCGAGCUCCCCGCCGGCGCUGGCGCCGCGCCUGCUGCAUACGAUUCCGUCGGCGGCGGAGACCGAGCUGCAGCCGGACGAGGAGACGCGCUCCUCACAAGACUGACUCCGCACCGUCCACUCUGGCCCUCUCCCCACUCAGGCUCUAGCUUUAUUGAACGGAUCACAUUUAUGAUUAAUAUAUUGUACAGUAUUAGGAAGUCGCCGGGAGCGACCUCCGCGUAAGUAAGAGUAAGUCGUAUAGGUGUCGAGGCUGACAAAUAAAGUAUUAUGACAAAUUAAUUAUUUAUUUAGAAAAAUAUUGACAUAAGAAUAUUUACGAGUCGAUUAUAUUGCUACAAUUAUAUUUACAGUUGAAUGUAUACCGCCGUACCGUGUACGGCCCCUAGAUUAGUGACAAGUUGUACAUAGAGACGUUGCCGCCCGAGUUAGACUAAGCAGUGCCCCUACGAUAAUAAAUUAUUAUGAAUAAUAUUAGUUUUUGUAUGUUGUUACUCGUUAGUUACCGUGGCGAGGUCCACGACGAGGUGCCAACUACUGCAGUAAGAUAUUGUUAUAUUGUUACAGCGACACGCAUGCGCAGCGGACGCGCAUUAUGUCACUUGCCUACGUAAACGAAAUCAAUUUAGAACAAUACGGAAACUGUUUAUGACUGUUUACAAUUAAGUUAAUGUAAUAUAAAUAAGCCUGAUAUAACGAGGACAAUUUAGUAGGGAAAAUUGUUGAUACUUUUUAUAAAUAAUAUACAUAAUUUAGGAUAGGUGAACGUGGUGUACAGUUGUACAGAUACAGAGCUAGUGUAGCCACAUAGAACUUGUAUUUAUUGAGUCCCGCGAGGCGGGCCACAGCUAUUUAUUAUAUUGUACAUUGAUAAUACAACACUUGAAUACAGUC